AAACGUUUUAAGUCCCUUGAAAAGCAGUAGAGGUAUAUUACUUUUUUAAAGGCCUUAAGGGAAGCUGAGUGAGAGGAGACGCUUUGGGCAUGCGCCAGGCAGUCACGUACGGGCGCGCCUGCCCCAUCCUCAUGGCUGGAGUGGGUUUUACCUUACGUUAAGACGUCACUCUCCAGCGUAGAGAAUGUCCUACGGGACGCAACGAAGGACCAGCCCCUGAAAGGCGUGUUUGCUUUUUUUUGUUUAAUGUCUUUCCUCUUGGAGUGUUUCCGUGUUUAUCACAAUGUUAAUCAUGGCUUCCAGUCCAGCUGUCUUGAUUCGUUUGGUUGCUUCAGCAUAUUCUAUUGCUCAGAAAGCUGGAAUGAUAGUCAGAAGUGUGAUGGCUGGGGGUGAUCUUGGAAUCGUGGAGAAGACAUCCUCGGUAGAUCUACAAACCAAAGCUGACCGACUGGUGCAGAUGAGUAUAUGUUCAUCACUGGCACAGAAAUUCCCCAAACUAACAAUAAUAGGAGAAGAGGAUCUGCCUGUUCAAGAGGUAGACCAAGAGCUGAUUGAAGAUGGUCAAUGGGAGGAAAUUCUGAAGAAACCAUGUCCCAUACAAUACAGUGCUAUCAAAGAGGAAGAUCUUGUUGUAUGGGUUGAUCCUCUGGAUGGUACCAAGGAAUACACUGAAGGUCUUCUGGACAAUGUAACAGUCCUUAUUGGAAUUGCUUAUGAAGGAAAAGCAAUAGCAGGAGUUAUUAACCAGCCUUACUACAAUUAUCAGGCAGGAGCAGAUGCUGUGCUCGGGAGGACAAUCUGGGGAGUUUUAGGUUUGGGUGCCUUUGGGUUUCAGCUGAAUGAAGUGCCUGAUGGGAAACAUAUAAUUACCACAACUCGUUCUCAUUCCAACAAGUUGGUAAAUGAUUGCAUUUCUGCUAUGAAUCCUGAUAAUGUUCUCAGAGUGGGAGGAGCAGGAAAUAAGAUCAUUCAGCUGAUUGAAGGCAAGGCGUCUGCUUAUGUAUUUGCCAGUCCUGGCUGUAAGAAGUGGGAUACUUGUGCUCCAGAAGUUAUUUUAUGCGCUGUAGGAGAUCUCGUACAGGUAUUGCUGGUUUUGUACCACUUUGGGCAUAGUUCCAAAUUGCUCUACAGAAUAUUUGAAUCAGUUCACAACUCCACUAACAGUACAUUAAUGCCCCAUUUUCCCCACAUCACCUCCACCAUUUGUCAUUUUGCUUUCUGUUCUAUUCGCCGAUCUAAUACAUAUGAAGUAGUGCCUCAGAAUUGUUUUAAUCUGCAUUUCUCCAACCAUUGGCAAACUGACUGAUAUUCAUGGAAAUACCCUUCAGUACCAUAAGGAAGUAAAGCAUAUGAAUUCUGCUGGUGUCCUUGCCACACUGAGGAAUCAUGACUAUUAUGCAAGCCGA